AUGUUCCUAGGCCUCGACAAACUCCAAGUACUCGAGUUAAGUGAUAACAGGAUAACAGUAGUAGUCACCAACAACUACACCAAUACCAGUUUACCAACUUUGGAUACGUUAUCACUGUCAUUAUGCAAUUUGAAAGAAUUUCCUGCCUUUUUGCGCUUCCAAAAUAAAUUGUGUACCUUAGUUCUUGACCACAACAACAUUAAUGGUCUGGUACCGGUAUGGAUCUGGAACAACAGCCGAGAAACAUUAGAGUUGAUUGACCUUUCAUUCAACUCCAUCACUGGCUUUGAUCAACAUCCUCAUUUUCUUCCAUGA